AUGUUCUCUUCCACCACCAGCAUCAACCAUUUUACAAACUUUUCUUCCUCUUACCACCAUUUUCCUUCUCUAUUUUCUGGCCACGACACCAACAACGUUUUGCUUAACUACCAGCACGAUCCACUCACUGGUGUACUGUUCCCCGCAAAUCCUCGGACGACUGAAUCUUUCACUGACAUGCCCUUUUCAGCCAAUGCUACUAUGGGAAGACAAGAUAUCGACUGCCUCAACUCAGAAUGUUAUGAUCCUUCAAAUUUUAUGGGAACCUGCAAGAGGCCGGCUGCAAGGAAAGAUCGGCACAGCAAGAUUUACACCGCUCAAGGUUACAGAGAUCGGAGAGUGAGACUCUCCAUUGACAUUGCUCGCGAGUUCUUUGAUCUUCAAGACACGCUAGGGUUUGACAAAGCGAGCAAAACGCUAGAGUGGCUGCUAAUGAAAUCAAGAAAUGCCAUCCACGAACAAAAAAUAAAGAAGAAAAACAACAAUGAAGAAAUAGAGAGGACUGGUUCCAAAAGUAAGACACCUGUGGGAGUUUCUGAAGAGAAAGAGACUGAAAAGGUGCCUCAGAAAGAUGCAUUUAUUCUUCCAAAGGAAAUCAGGGACAAGAAUAGGGCGAGGGCGAGGCAAAGGACUAAAGAAAAGAUGUGCACUAGAAAGAUCCAUGAGUGUCAAAAAGGUUCCAACACAAGCUCCCAAAUCUUGACCCAAUUGAAGUCCUUCACCCAAUUCAAAGCUUCAGAGUCAAACAUGGCGUCCUCCUCCAAGGAUGCUGCGCAUGAAGCUGAAGAACCUACUCUCCAUGUACCGGUUUUCGAGGACUCCGUUGCAUUGAAAAGGAAGCUGAAUUUAUCUUCAAUUUUUGCUUCUCAGCAAAAUCUUGGAAUGUCAAAAGAUGCAAGCUGCAGUGCAACCAACUAUAAUCACAAUUUAACUCAAAAUUUGGACAUCAAUAGUGCAAUCCCUCACUCUACCUUUCGUGCUAUUACCAACAUGAAUCUGUCUGCAGGUAUCUAUCAAAUGGUAUCAGAGCGAUUUAGUUGUGGGAUGGUUGGUACGAGAAUGGAAGUUAGAAUAGAAAAUGUUGAGAGGGAAGUGUCAAAACUUGGAAGAGAUAUUGAUGUUGUUUGGGAUGGUUUGAUGGAAAUAUGA